UUGGUGGCUGCGUGGGGGCGGGAUUAGCGUCACAGUUUCUUCCUGGUUCGCAAUGCUGUUUGAUGCUAAAUAUCUUUCAUAUAAAUCAGUAAAAGUAGCCUAUUUUUUGUAACUGUAAUACAGCGGGACAUCGUCGCGAUGGGUUUGCUGACAAUUUUGAAGAAGAUGAAGCAGAAGGAGCGGGAGAUGAGACUGCUCAUGUUAGGUCUGGACAACGCGGGCAAGACGACCAUCCUGAAGAAGUUUAACGGAGAAGACGUCAGUACCAUCUCCCCGACAUUGGGCUUCAACAUCAAAACACUGGAGCACAAAGGGUUUAAGUUGAACAUUUGGGAUGUCGGGGGUCAGAAGUCACUGCGCUCCUACUGGAGGAACUACUUUGAGAGCACAGACGGGCUGGUGUGGGUGGUGGACAGCGCAGACAGGCUGAGACUGGAGGACUGCAGGCAGGAACUCAGUGCACUGCUGCUGGAGGAGAGGUUAGCUGGCGCAACGCUGCUGGUGUUUGCCAACAAACAGGACUUACCGGGAGCGCUGUCAAAAGACGCAAUACGAGAGGCGCUGGCCCUGGAUGAGAUCAAAAGCCAUCACUGGUGUAUCAUUGGCUGCAGUGCAGUAACGGGAGAGAAUUUGUUAGGUGGAGUGGACUGGCUAUUAGACGAUAUCGCUGCAAGGAUCUUCACUUCUGACUGAGUUGUUUAUGUGCCUGAUUUAUUUUUUUUUUUAAAUGAACAGCAACUUCUCGUUUAAUGAGCUCUGACAUGAUUCCAGGCUAAUUUUUGGACUAUGGAGAUCUGAAGCUGCUGCCACAUGCAGACAUCUGUAUCCAUGAUUACUGGAGUCAUGCCUGGCUUUUAUAUAUUUAAGAUAUUUGAUUUAGAUAUUAGACAGAACAGAGUGGGAAGUCCUUUAGUAAAUUCACACACACUGAAAGCUUGUUUACAAAGUUUGUUUUCUGUACUGACAUGAAUCCUUAGUUGGCUCCCACUUUCAGCUGAUGAUUUGUGCCUCACUAGCACAAAUGUAUUCUUUAAUAAAAUGUAAAUACCCACUGAAAUGAUAUUGCUGUGCCACUAUUGAAAUGCACAGGUUCAUAGAGUACAUCCUCAGACACGUUCAAAUUCACACACUAAGCUGUCAACACCACAUACACUUGGUAUUCUUUGAUUCUUAGCUUGUACAUUUUGCCCCCUUCUUGGAUGCAAGUUUCCAGCUUCUCUAAUGCUAAUCUUUUCUUAUAAUUUAAGUUAAUCACAUUUGGACUUAGAUUGCUCUGGUGUUCUGAAACACCUUUUAUGGAUGAAUCAAAAUAUUGCUGUGUGCAAUACCCACAUUGCACGAGCUGCGUUCAGUGAUUUAAAAAAAAAAGUAAAUGUAUCACAACUAUUAUAAAUGAAGUAUUGUGGUACUACAGAGAUUGCAUGUGCUACAAGUAAAUCCACAGACAUGGUAACAUGACUAGACGAGGAAAAAAAAGUAAGCCCACUCAAAUUGUAAUACUUCAAUCUGUCAAAAUGAUUUUUGCAUAUUAUUCAGCCCUACAUGAUUCAGAUUUUUUUUUAAAAGCUGUAGAUUUAGCUUUUACUCUGCUCACAAUGGUCUGUAUUUGUCAGUUUCCUCUUGUGUCAUGGCUGUUAAACAUGCUCAUGCUAGUCCUUUUGUCUGAGAAGCUUGAAUGCAAUAUAAGACCACACAAUAAACUGUACAGAAACCUACAUUUUAUUUGAAAUUUCCACCAUUAAAACUUUCCAGCUACCUGGAAAUGCACACAAGA